UGCAGAUUCUGGUUUGACUGAAGAUGAGAGUGCUUCUUCUUUCGAGUAUAUUUCUCUCUAUUAGUACGAUAUUACUUUCAUCACUUGGCCUGUCCUGUCCAGUUACCGUACCAACUGUAUCCUACGUGUCCAGGUGUCCAUCUAAUGAAACAGAAUGGGAAUCAGCAGCACAACAAAAACAGUGCAACAAACUGGCAACACUGCAGAGUUGCACUGAGACUGAAAAGUUUGUAUACCAUUGUGUUUUGAACAAGGAUGGAACAAAAUAUUUAGAGGUCUGUGCUCCAUCCUGGUUUAUGUCAGGGUUUUGCGCAAGAUUCAGUGUAGCAGAAGGGAGAAUAAUUAAUGACCCAGGGUUGGACUGUACAAAAUUCUCCACACCGUGUCCUUCAAGAUUUCUGUCAAAUGAAUCCUUUAAAUAUCAAGGAUGCUAUGAUUAUCUUCAACAGUCUACACCAUCAAAAAUCAUUGAGAAGAAAACACCAGCUUCUGAAAGAGAAUCCGACAACAGUGCAUUGAUUGGCCUCCUGUGCUUUUUUGUGAUGACAACUCUUCUACUGCCCAUUAUUAUAGUCUUGGUAUUUAAAAGAAAAAAGUUUUUUGACUGGUGCAGAUCUAGACGGAAGGACACUGAGAAAUGUAAUGAUCAUACGCUGGAACCCGCCGAAGAAGACAAGGGAAAUACUGCAACGAAGGGAACUCCUCACAGAGCUGUUACAAUAGAAGAGGAAACAAAAGAGGAAACAAAAGAAGCAAAUCAAAUAACUUCCGAAAGAGCAGAUGAUGAUGAGGAAAAUGAUAAAAUGAUGAAUUUUAGGACGCUCUCUGGCUUGCAAGGAAGAUGCAGCGUAAAGAAUGUGACAGUCAUUUCUGAGCUUAGAGAUAAUUUAUCUAUAGCGCUCUCUGAAAAAAAGCAAAAUGUCUGGGUUGUGCAGGAAGAUAAAGGGAUUUUAUAUAAAGAUGAAACUCCGUUCACGGAGCUUGAAAACAGGAAGCAGAUUGAAGUAAUGAUUGGAAAUUCGGAAAGAUCAGUUGGAAGGAUAUGCGAAGGCAAAGAACCUAAACUUGAUGUAAUAUCAAACAGUACUGGAGCAUCUCAGAAAAGCAGAAUGAGUUGCAAACAUUUUACAGAGCCGGAGAAUCUGUUCAAUUACACCAAAGAAAAUAUACUUGGAGGCAACGCAGAAGUUAAAUGUCCUAAAUGUGAUGCAUUGUGGGAAAUGGUAGAGUUAGUGACAAAAUCUAACAUGUCACCAGACGAGCAGAUAUUUUUCGGGAAAGCAAUGUUCAUAAAUACACAGACAAAGAAACGUCUAACCCACCUAGUUCAUAAAGAAUUAUCUAUCCUUCUUAUACCGUCAUAUAUUUAAACUUCUUUUAAUGUAGUUUCCUUGUCAGCACACAUUAAUUGAGUAUUAAUCUCCUUUUAAGAAAAUUAAAGAACAUGCGGAUAUUCUGGGUAUCUAUUUUGCCGUGUCCAUACGUCAGUCUGUCUCUUUUUUAAUUCACGAAAAUUUUAAUAUUCUCCUGAAUUUUUGAUAGAGUGAAACUAUUGUUUUAUAUUUAACGUGAAUAUUCCUUGUGAACUUUCUAUCGGUAUCUAGAUAUUUGACCUAUUGCCCUUGACCUUGGAUUUGGGCACUCCUUUUGAACAAAGACUACAGAAAUUUUGCCUGGAUGAAACUUUUUAGUUCUAGAGUUUUUAGACUUUACACAACUGUUUUUUAUUUUGCCACGAUCUUUCCAUGAAUAUAGAUAUAUCUGAUAUUUUUACUUUAACCUAAGAAUUGCAAGAUCUUUUAAACAAUUGCUAUUAGGGUCUUUAUUUUUUCUGUGACAAUACCUUUCUUUUUAUACCAAUUAUGUGACUUUUUGACCUUGACCUACUUUUGAAAAAUAUUGCCCAUAUAUCUUAAGAGUUGGUGAUAAGAUUUUAAUAUUUUACUCUUGUAUAUCUUAAAACAUGGCAU